AUGAUCGCUCUCAACGGGUAUUAUGUUCCCUUCAACUCUUCAAUCCCCGGAACUACAGAGACGAAGCAGCUGGAUUUUACUGUGGAUGGACAUCCCAAGUUGAUCCGGGUCUUACAUCGACAAGACCGGACGGUUGUGCCGCCCCGCUUCCGGCUCCGAGUGGUGGAACACCCGAACUGGAAGACGCGGUCCGUGCGCAAAAAGAACCCACACGUCGAUUGGCACGCCGUGGACGCAGCUCCUGCACCUUUCACGCACCCCACUGCGACUUUGCCGGACAUUUACAAGGCGGUCUUGAAGGCACUCGGACACGAAAUCUCGGAGGCGACGCUGGACCAGAUCGACAACCUUGACAAAGACGAGACCACCCUUGACCUGCCCCUCGAGGGAGAUAAGGUCUGGUUCGAUGACUACAGCUGGAUCAAGCUUCCAAUCAGCCCACAUACGUACUCGGCCAAGGGCCCAGGCGAAGAACCUGACUCUUGCGACUCAAACACUCAAGGCGACGACGGCCAUUACCUCGACUGCGACUACGACUGCGGCGACGCUUUCAAGGACGAUAACGAGAAGACACUGAAGGACGAUUCUGACACGGCUGGCAAAGAUUGCGACGGCGACGGCAACGGCAGCUGCGCAAUGGCUCCCUCCGGCCCCAAGGCGCAGAGUGCUGCUGCCACGAACAACUCGACUACUGCGCCUGCCUCUGAGCCCGCGGCGCCCAAGGGUCCGCACCCUGGGCACAUGCAGGUAUCCUGCCAGUUCACCAGCGAGCAGAGACUGAGACGUAUGCUGCGAGACAACAAGAGCGAUCCAGCUAGGGAGGAUAACUAUCGCCUCCAGGGAGUGCAGCUCAUCGAUAAUGUCCGCACCAUGCUGCGUGUCCCUAUCAAGACGUUUGACACAGCGUGUGUCUACUUCCACUGGUUCCGACUAUCGUUUCGCGAUGCCGAGUACAAUUACCAAGAUGCCGCCAUGGCCUGUCUCUUUUUGGCCUGCAAGGUCGAGGACACCAUCAAGAAGUCCAAGGAGAUCCUGUGCGCUGCGUACAACAAUAAGAAUCCCGACCACCCCACGACUCAGGAUGACAAGAUGUUCGAGCAGCCAUCCAAGAUCAUCAUCGGCCUAGAGCGCCUAGUCCUCGAGACCGUCGGCUUCGACUUCCGUUGCCGCUACCCCCAGUCCGCUUUGCUCAAGGCAACCAGGAAGAUACUGGGUACCCAGUCCAAGGACGUUUUCGCCACCGCCAUGGAGAUGAGCGUCGACCUCUACAAGACAUUUGCCCCCGUCAAGCAGACCACCUACGCGUUGGCUUUAGGCCUGCUGGAGCUGAGCGCCCGCCUCCUCGGCCGAGGCAUCAACGCGUUUGAGAAGGUCAACUACGCGGACUUCCACACGACCCGGCAGAACGUCGUCGAGACAGUCCUCGACCUGCUCGACCUCUACACCCAGCACGGCAAGUCGACCAAGCUCGGCGUCCAGUUUGACCUCAACAAGUUCAUCGAGGUCAAGAUCGUCAUCAACAGCGAGGUCGACAACACGCCAGGCCUCGUGCGCUACGCCCACUGGUGCACCAAUUGCGACGGCGGCGAGGACGAGAACCUCUCCAAUGGCGUCUCCGUCCUCAAGAACAUUUCAUUCUUUGGUAGUAACUCUGCUAAGCGCAACGGGCGCAACCAGGACGGCACCAUGCGCUUCGUCUUUGACCCGGACCGGGCCCGCCAGGAGCGCAAGGAGGUCGAGUCCUACUACCGCGACGAGUACGAGGAGUACGAGGUCGAGGUCGAGGUUCCCAUCGAGCCCGAGCGUGGCAACAAUAACAACCAUAACAACAACAACCACCGCGAUAAGCGACAUGAGGGCGGCGGCGGCGGCGGCGGCGGUUGGGGCGGUAAUCAUCGUCGUAACCAUCACGGUCGUGCCAAGGGCCGCGGUUACUACUAA